CGAAACAGUUUCAAUUUGAAGAGCGUUGUGAACAGUUCGCUUUGGAAUCGGUCUAAUUUCCAGAAUUCAAUUCGAAGCGCAGUAUUGACUGUUUGUUUUUUUUUUUUUUUUGUGACUAUAACUAUCAGUUAAAUUUUAAUAACAAAAGAAAAUCCAUAAUGUUGGCCAUGCCAAGUAUUAACGAUCUGCGUAUGCAGCAGCAAAUUGCCCAGGAGAUUUAUCGUCAGCGGAUUAUGCAACGAUUGCCAGAUCCACUUUGUGGUUUCUUUGCUGGACCCUUUAUGACCGGGCCGCCGGCACCGCCUCUGCCCCAAUUGCCGGGCGUCGAGGCCAAGUUGGAGAAUAACGAACUAUGGCAGCAAUUCCAUCACAUAGGCACCGAAAUGAUCAUCACCAAAAGUGGCAGACGUAUGUUUCCCUCGAUGCGAGUAUCCCUGAGUGGCCUGGAUGAGGAGAGGGAGUAUUGUGUUUUAUUGGAAAUGGUUCCCAUUGGCGAUUGUCGUUACAAAUUCUCUGGCUCCCAAUGGGUGCCAGCCGGUGGAGCCGAACCACAGAGUCCUCAGCGCAUGUAUCUACAUCCAGAUAGUCCGGCCACUGGAGCCCAUUGGCAAUCGCAGGCAUUGCUAUUCAGUAAAGUCAAAUUGACCAAUAAUACAUUGGAUAACAAUGGACAUAUUGUCCUGGCCAGUAUGCAUAAGUAUCAGCCGCGUCUGCAUGUCAUACGCGCCUCUGAAGCGAGUCACAUACCUUUUGCCCCACAGCAGGCAUUUGUCUUCCCGGAGACCGAAUUCAUUGCUGUGACCGCCUAUCAGAAUGAUCGCAUUACCAAAUUGAAAAUCGAUAAUAAUCCCUUUGCCAAGGGUUUCCGUGAGUCGGGCCAAUCGCGUUGCAAGCGUAAGCUAAACGAUUCCCCGCCACCUCCAGCGGCAGCUGUUGCUGCAUCAUCCAUCCAUGUGGAGCAGCAAUCAUCAGUGGCUGCUAAACGUUUGCGUUUUGCCGACGAGUUAGUUGCUACUCAACCUGACCUUAUGCAGCGUCAUUAUCAUCUGCUCGAUACACUGGAGGCCAAUUUCUAUCUACCACCACCCCACCAACUGCCACUACAUCCAGCACCGCCUUCGUCGUCAUCAUCUUUAGCGACAUCGACAACGGCAUUGUCCAUUGAUUAUGCCAGACACAUUGCCAGCUAUCCAAGUUGGGCCUACACUCCGCCAUCGCCAGCUUCUUCGCCAUCCUCCGUCUCCGUCUCGUCAAUAUCCUCGUCAAGUGGCAAAUCUAUUGCCGCCGAGACAGAUGCCUUUGUCGAUGUGGUGAGCACUUCAACGGGUACACCUGAGACUGGCUCCUCUGUUGCUGCCGAUGUCGCACCAUUUCUAAAGCCCAAACGCAGCAGUUUCAGCAUCUUGGACAUAUUAGGAACAAAUGUCUCCGGCUAAGCAUUUUUGCCUCUUCCCAUUUCUGUGUGAAUGUGCCUUAUACAUUUAAUUAGCGUUUAGUUGCCAUAGUCUCUUAAGUAUCUCUAGUUAGUUAAAUUGUGAUAUUUUGCAGUUAAUUAGGAUUUCCAGGUAUUUGCCCAUCAGUAUUUAUUGUAUUUAUUAUGCAAUUUUAAUUGUUUAAAUGAUUUCGUAAUGAAUUUAUUGUCGUCGGUGUUAAUAAAAUGAGGGAAGAAUAUUUA